CCGAGCCGGCAGCCGCGCGGCUCAGCACGACGGUUAAGAGGGAGCUGCGGGAUGCGAGAGCCGGGGUCGCGGCUGACCCGCUGACCCCGCCCGGGACUCGGCUCGGCGGAGGGAAGGGCGUGGUAGAUGGGUCGGUAGGGUCACGAGCCGGGGCCUUCUUGGUCCAAGUGCGGAGGGUGCGGUGCGUGUGGCCGCGGCGGUCCCGACUCAGCGGCGCCCGCGCUGGAGGCACCGUCGGGCUUGGGUUCGCAGGCUCCGCGGGCGGGGGCUGCCUCGGGCUCUGACAGGUGGUCGUGCCGGGGGUGCCCUGCGCUUUGCCUCUUUGCGGGUUCCAGGGCCUGGGGGUCAGGCGAGGCGCCGGUCUCCUGGGUUUUGCGAAUCCUGACCUUUGUGUGGCUUUUCAAUUUUAGUUGAAAUCCCCUCCAUGGCCUUUUGGAGUCCCCUGGUGUGUCUCCAGAGUAAAUUUCCAUUACUCUACGUUUCAUCGAUGUUGGAGUGGCAAGAAAAAGGAGGAACUGAUUUGGGGUGAAAAGUUUCCCCCCCCCAGGUAUAACAAACUGUAAACUUAAAAAAAAAUCAAAGAUGGGUGAAAAGAAGCCGGAGCCCCUGGACUUCGUGAAGGACUUCCAGGAGUACCUGACGCAGCAGACGCACCACGUGAACAUGAUUUCUGGGUCCGUCAGCGGGGACAAGGAAGCAGAGGCUCUUCAGGGAGCUGGAACAGAUGGUGAUCAAAAUGGACUCGAUCACCCAUCUGUUGAAGUUUCCCUGGAUGAAAACUCAGGAAUGUUAGUGGACGGGUUCGAAAGGACCUUCGACGGGAAGCUCAAGUGCCGGUAUUGCAACUAUGCCAGCAAAGGAACAGCCCGGCUCAUCGAACACAUCAGGAUCCACACAGGUGAGAAACCUCACAGAUGUCACUUAUGUCCAUUCGCAUCUGCUUACGAGCGUCACCUGGAGGCCCACAUGCGCUCCCAUACGGGAGAGAAACCGUACAAGUGCGAACUGUGUUCCUUCCGCUGCAGUGACCGGAGCAACCUGUCCCAUCACCGAAGGCGCAAACAUAAAAUGGUACCAAUUAAAGGUACUAGGUCUUCCUUAAGCAGCAAGAAAAUGUGGGGGGUUUUACAGAAGAAAACAAGCAAUCUGGGCUACAGCAGAAGAGCACUAAUCAACUUGAGUCCACCUUCUAUGGUGGUCCAGAAGCCAGACUACCUUAAUGAUUUUACCCAUGAAAUCUCAAACAUCCAGACUGAUUCCUAUGAAAACAUGGCGAAAACCACUUCCACUGGUGGCCUAGCAAGGGACCCCCAAGAACUCCUGGUUGACAACCCUUUAAAUCAGCUCUCCACUCUAGCGGGACAGUUGUCCAGUUUGCCACCUGAAAACCCAAACCCCGCAUCCCCGGAUGUAGUUCCCUGCCCCGACGAGAAGCCUUUCAUGAUGCAGCAGCCCCCUGGCGCGGCCGUGGUCGCUGCCGUGUCGGCGGGCAUUCCUCAGAGCUCCUCCCCGACAAGCCCCGAGCCUCGGCCGCCACACAGUCAGAGGAACUACAGCCCGGUGGCCGGUCCCAGCAGCGAGCCGAGUGCGCACACGAGCACCCCUAGCAUCGGCAACAGCCAGCCAAGCACCCCCGCCCCCACCCUGCCGGCCCAGGACCCGCAGCUGCUGCACCACUGCCAGCACUGCGACAUGUACUUCGCCGACAACAUCCUGUACACCAUCCACAUGGGGUGUCACGGGUAUGAGAAUCCUUUCCAGUGUAACAUAUGUGGAUGCAAGUGUAAGAACAAGUAUGAUUUUGCCUGUCAUUUUGCAAGAGGGCAACAUAACCAACACUGAUUGGAAGCAAUCACAUUAGCUGAACUUGGGUUUGCCUUUUUGCAUUGUGUAGUUUUGUUUAUUGUUGUUUUUUGGGGGGGGAUCCAUCCCUAAUAAGGUGUAUGCUAAUUUAAAGUUUAUACAUUAUAUUUAUGGAAAACAAAUAUGACAAUGGAAACAAAUGUUUGCUUUUUCUUUUUUUUCAUAAAAGUCUUGUCAGGGUCAUUUAUAUAUUAGAACAAUUAGACACACUGGUGUCUUUGUUUUGCUUUCAUUUAGACACUUGAGAAUUGAAGUGCAAUCAAUCUUCAAGGUGUUCAUUUAAAUUUCCCACGUUUAUGGUCCAUAUAAACUUCAAAGCUUACCGAUACUCUUGAUGUUUCAAUAUAUAUGUUGCAGCUGGAUGUUAUUUCUACCAUAUUUCAAAAUAGUAAAUUACUUUCUCACAAAAUUUAUGACAACUUAUUUCAGUGUCGAGUAGAGGAAUCGCCUUUAAAAUUGCUCCUAGUUGAAAUACUAUUUAGUUCACAUAGUUUAAGUUGGAUUAGCAGUUUCAUUUCAACUGAUAAUAGUAAAGCUAUUUCAGUGUAUAGUAAACCUUUCUUUUUUUCCCAUAACGGGAAAUGUAAAACAGUUAAUUCUUUUAAAAUUGAAGUUAUAAAAAUAUGAGAGAAAAGUUCUGAAAAGAAACUUAAGACUUUACAUUGAAAAUGGAAUUUACUAUUUAAAUACCUGUUUAUUCAAUUUCUAGUUUAAAAAUACGUCCAUUUUCCACUGGAUUCUUUUUAUUAUACUUCUAGCUUAUUUUAAAAACUACAGGUAGAUACAUGAGAAUGCUAGAAAUAUCAGAAGAUUAUCUAUGAAAAUGCCUUUUUUGUUCUUUUAAUUUGAACCUUAUAUUUAAACCCUUCAUUCUGACGAUAUUACUGACGUCAGGUGAGGCUGAGAAGGAUACCAAGAAUCCAUUCCUCGGUAUCUGCUCCUGUUCCUUUGAUGACCAAAGAGGUGGGGUGCGAAUCAUCCCCGGAUUCCUAGGAAACGCAGUCCUUAAGAAAAAAAAUUCUGAGGUUUCUUUUUCCUGCUUUGUAUCCAUUUGUUGGCCAUAUUUUCAAAAAAAACGUUAGGUAUAGAAACACAUGGAAAAAUGUGAUGGUGAAGUAAUAUUUUAAAAAAUGAGGGCAUGUAUCCAAAACGAAUACUGGCUUCUGCUUCAGAAUUGGCCAUUUGAGAUAUUUUGUGUGAAUUCAAGUUAUAUUGCUUAUUUGCAGCUUUAACAGUCUUUUCUGUACAUGACAAAACUGUAGGGAAGCUGAUUGAGUUGUCACCGUAGUAGGAAAGGAUUUUAAAAUGUGAAAAUAGAUAUAAAAUGCUUUUAAACAUGGUAUUUAAUUUGUUUACAAAAAUAAGACUUGCUAAAUAAAUCUAGAGUAAUUUUGAAUAGGAGACUAUUGUUUAUAUACUGUGUGAUAACUAGCUUACUCUGAAGACAGCUUGGUCCAACAAUAAAAUAUAUUGUUACUAGUUGUUGGUUUCUGUGUACUUUGCAAACAUUUUAUUUUUAAUUUGGUUCAAAAUUUGAAGGUGUUACUAAUUGGCUUUGUAGAGAGGGUGCCCUAAUGACCUAGCAUUUAUUAAACAGAAAAGAUCAUUACUCUAAGAGUAAACACAGAAAUAUCGAUGGUGUGUGUCCACAAAAAACCCACGUACCAAGUUCAUGGGUCUUCUGCCCUCCCCGAUGCUGGAAAGCCAGCAAAACGAGUUCUUGUGGUUUAACACCAGCCCAAACUCACAGGCAUCGUCCCAAGAGGUGGGAUCUGCGAGUGUCUCCGAACUGGGCUUCUCUCUCCUGUCAAACACAAGGCUUGCAUCUAAAACCCUACAGUCCCGUUUCGCCCUGUUUGUCGCUUAGGUUGCCCCCCGCUCAGAUCAGUCCCAGUGCAGCUGUUUUCAAAUGCAGAACUUGGCCCCACUGUGUACCUACUGCCAGAAAGAAGGAGGUUGCUGUCAUUUGGAAGCUUUUAUUUUUGCCCUCUCACUCGUAUUUUAUCCUUAAAAUAAAAGCAACACCCAAAAUAAAAACGGAAAGUUUUCAUGAAGCAAAAGGAAGAACUCUCGUUAAAACCAGUUUAUUAACUCUGUAUUCUGGGCCAAAUGGUGACAAAUAACAUUUUUUUCUGACAACUAAAUAUAGAUACUUGGGAGGUGUAUUUUAAUUUAGACAUAGAACAUGUUUUUCAUGAUUACAGACUAGAAUGUAUAAUUCUAAUUUUCCUGUAACUUAAAGGGCACAGGUGGCAUUCCAAAGGUGUUGAUGCUUGAAAGGUACGAUUCUUAAGUGCACUAGCGUUUUUGAAGCAAAUCUACCUUAGAAACUUUCUUAGUAUUGUAUUUUUUGAAAGAUUGAGGAUUUUAAAUCGUACGCAAGUUAAAUGUAUCUUCCAUUAAAUAUUGAAUAUAUUUGUCCCAUUUUAUUUUUAAUCAAGUAUUUUAUAGAAAUGAGCUGUUGGGGAAAGUUUAACAUGCAAUAUUUAUAGUAUUUUGCUGUUAACAGGCAGUGUUCUGAAAUUAAAUUUAUUUUUGUUCAGUGAACAUAAGUUUAGAUUUCAAAGUUGGUAAGAUAAUUUAUCUCCACUAAUAUAUUUUUAAGUAACUAUGAGGUCAUUAAUAGGGAAUUACUUUAUUUCAGAUUCUACUAAUAUAUGUAGCUACAACUUCUUGAAAUUCAAGUAAAGGCCUAGACUUUUACUUUGAAAAAACUCCAUUGGAUAUUUUCCAGUGCUGUUCCUUUUAGAAAUAAGUGUUUGCCAUCCAUCUGCAGAAUCAUUUGACAAAGGGAAUAUUGCUUUAAAAAUGUUCAGAGAUAAACCUCAUUUUAAGUUCUACAAAAAUAUUUAUCAAAUGGACAUACUAUUUUAAAAAAAAAUUCCCUAAGCAUUUUUUUCAUUAAGUAGUCUUAGAGGGUAUUUGAUUUCUAGAAUUUGUUUUUGUUAAUAUGUACUUUGAUGUAAAGAACAUAUUUUGUAUGCAAAACAAAU